ACAGUGCAGAGGAGAGACGGGCUGAUCCGAAGACCCGUCUUUCUUUCGAAAAGAAAGAAAAUAGCUGGAACAAAACGCCGUGUCUUUGCGCAUCCCGGUCGACCAUGCUGGCGAUCCGACGAUGUAUUACUACUGCAAUCGGAGUAAAAUGAGCGCAGCCGGGCCCGCGGCGGAGGGUCCGCAGAGCUGCUGCGGCGGCGGCGGCGGAGGAGGAGCAGUGGAAGGAGCAGAAGAAGGAGGAGGAGGAGGCUGCGGCGAGCUGGUGAACGGAAAGGGCGACCGAGAGAUCCGCCAGACCAGCAAGAAGGCCCGAUCAGUCAGCCAGCGGGAGAGCGCCACCUGUAAUGCCGCACAUGCGACACGGAAAUCGCGCGCAGAAGACGGCUCGUUGUUGAACGGCGUGAAGUCCGGGAAAUGCGCAGCGCACGGACAAGAGGAUCAUGGAUAUACCGUCAUUAAUCCUGAGAGAAACGGGGGGUUACGGGGUUCGAACCUGAUGGAAGCGGGUAGGACGACGACGCGCACCGGGAUGCGGGCGUUUCAGAAAGCGGACGCCGCGGUUAGCAAGCGUCGGGGCUGCAGUUUCAGCCGGGCCUCCAAGAGGGCGUGUUUCUCCGGAAAUCUAGCAGGAAAUGGACCGAACCUUGCGGAGACGUUUAGAGACAGUCGAGAAGAGGGUUCAGAUAAAAACGACCGUGUGGAAAGAGCUGAAAUGAACGCAUGCGCAUGCAGCACGACCAAAGGGCGCGUCAGGCUGUACCGGGUCCGCUCCUUUCUGACCGGACUCAAUGGAAACUCAUCCCAGCUGACUAACCACGAACCGUGCGAGUUAAAGCAACCACAGCGACCUAAAAGCAUGCACAAAUCCUCAUCCGACAGCCUCCCUCUUUCCCCCAGUGAAGCCCCAGAUGGAGGAUCUAGCAGCCCGGUAAUGAAUGGUACAACGUGCACCAGAGUUGAAGCAGGUGCAACAGAGUUAGGCAGCAUAAAGCAACUCGAAGAGGCCCACGGACAGGCCAAAAAGCGGCAGUUGCAGCUCGAGGAGCGGACCGACACCUUAUGGAGGCGACUCCAUGCAGUCCAGGUACAGCAGGUAGAACGGCAUGUCGGUCAGCAGCUGGGUGACCUGCGCAAGGCCAUCGUGGCCCCGAGAUCCACAGAGCUGAGCAGACUAGCGCGCAGCUGCAAUGAAGCGCUCCGACCAGCAGAGGUCGCACUGGACUCUGAUCACACCGCCAGCAGCUCUGGGGGUAGCAGUGGCAGUGAGGAGGAGGAGGAGGAGAAUGAUGAAGAAUCAGGGAGGCAUGGCUUACCAUCACAUGUCAAAUCAGGUCACAUAAACAAAGAAUGGCAGUGGAUGAAGGAGAGGGCGUGGCUUGGGAGUCGAUGGGUGUGGUUACAGGCUCAGGUGUCUGAGCUGGAGUAUCGAAUUCGUGCUCUUACUGCGCUCUACACGCACCUCAGACAGGGCAAGCUGAGAGCUGCUCACUCUGUGCCUGAAACGCCCCUCAGAGCACCGAGACCCUCGCCUGCAUCCAAUGACUGCAGGUCAUUAUCUGCUGGAGAUCCUCUCAGGAAGAGGCUAACAGAAGAGUCUGCCAUCUCAUCUCAAACCCUGCCCAACCCCAACUCAUCUGCUGCACGGGUUCGUCCGCUGCUGCGCCAACGUCGUCACAGGCUUAUCCGGCUGGAGCAAUGUACCGAGCUCAGGUCAAAGGCGGUGACGUUACCAUGUGCUUGCGAGCUUCCUGCUGUGUGCGUGUUGUGUGCUCCUUCUCGCCACCCAGCUGAAAAGGAGAAUUGUGAGACAGGGCUGGAUCAGUUUGUUCACCCUGUCCUCUCCAUGCCCUCGGAUUGUGGUAUGCCCCUGCUGUCCGGUACUCAAUCCUGCAGUGCCAUGCGGUGGAUGAGUGAGACAGCAUCCUCAUCAUGGCUGAGAAGACGGAGCCAGGGAUCACAAAAGGUGGGACGAGCAAGGAGAAGGCUUAUAUGUCCCCGACCACCAAGCACACUUCCUCCUCUGUUCAACAGCUCUGGUGGGUCCAAUUGCAGGAAUCAAAGACGCCUGCUUUCUCAUCGAGCGGCUGAUCUUUCACCUCUUCCUGUCCUACCCCCAGCUACAGACACACCCAUACAGCGGCGGCGAAGAGGUGAGAGCUCAUUUGAUAUUGAUAACUUGGUAAUGCCUUUGGGCCUGGCUGGACUAGGAGCACGAGUGCAGAAGUUGCAGUACAAAGAGAUCAUCACCCCCAGCUGGAGAGAGCUGGACUCUGUCUGUGGGGCCGCAGAGAAGCUCGAGGGUUCAGAUGUUCAGGGGCCGAACCAAGUGAAUACACCACACCAGCCCAACGGAGGAGCACUAGAAGAUGAAGACGAGGUGGAGGAUCUCUCUGAUGCUGUAUUUCUAAAGCGGCAUGCUGUGUGGGAGAGCAGAGAGAGGAGUCGCUGGGGAAGCUGGGCUCGCAGGCGUCGUCGGGGCAGGACCUCCUCCUGUUACGGUGACGGUAAGAGCUGUCGAGGUUUGGAGCAGACGUCGUGCUCUCCAGAACGCGAUUUGGAAAAGGGCUCACCAUGUAGCCCCCUCUUCUCUGGUGCAGAUGAUCCAUUCUACCAGAUGGAGGAUGAACAGCAGUCCACACAGCCGUGGGAGCGCAGGUCGUUUCCUCUGCUAGAUCCAGAGCUUCGUUGGCUGCAGGAAGACGAGGAGCCGGAGGAGGACCCCUGCGCUGCCAGCGGCCGCAGCCAGAGCACGGACUCGGGCAUCUCGGUGGGCAGCCUAGAGCUCUCACCGGGGACCCCCCUGCCGCAUCAGCAGCACUCAGGCGGCCGCAAACCAGCUGCCUCCACAACUCAGGAUUCUGACUCACAACCUCUUUCCAUAACCUCACCCACUUUACUUUCUUUCCAACUGCCCUCUCUUUCCUCACACAGCGCUCAUAAAAUUCCAUCCACUCACAGAAUCAGCAGGAGUGACUCCACUCUUUUGUGAACCAGUUUGGAAAAGCCACUCUCAGUCCACUUUUGUCCUCUAGUGUUCUGUAUCGUCCUAAUCUCAAGCCGUCUGUUUUUUUGUAGCCGUUUAACCAUACUAAUCACUACAGCCUGCAAACCUUCACCAUUCCUGCUGGCUUGGUCCUUCUACUAAUACUUGUCCAUAACCAUGUACAUUUUACACCAAGUAAAAAGAGGAUUUGUGGGGGCUUAUGUGGCAGUAGGGGGAAGAAUUGGAAAUAGGUUGGGGGUGAAGGAGGGUGGUGAAUGUCAAGAAGCUGUGUGGCUGUGUUUUGUGCUUUGCUCUCUGCAAGCUAAGCAGUACUUUGUCAUCAACACACGCUUACUGGAGAUGAGUCCAAAUUAGAAACCCAUCCAUCAAAUACAGUUCAGAUUAUUCAGUAUAGGUGUCAGAUCUUUCUCCUGCUUUCAUGUUGUUAACACGUUAGUUUGUUUUAGCUACAUCUCAUACUGUAGGUUCAUUUUACUGUCUGCUCUUUCAAAGAAAGGUUCAGUGUUAAUUUAAGUUCCACUUAAAUUUGAUUACAUAAACACACACACACACACACACACACACACACACACAGGAAAAUAUGUGUGGUGCCUGACGGCCUAGUUAAAGCAGUGCCGCUCUACUGAGGGUAAACUGAGAGGUUGAGGUUGACUGCUGGCAGAUUUAGCAAACUGUAGAGGCAAUUAAAUCAGCCAUCUAACCUAAAGUAGGUUAACUCACUGCCUCACAGGGAUUGUAUUUUUCGUUUGUGUUUAGCAUGCUGGACACUCACAUGCACUGCAUGGUUUUUGAAGACAGUAAGAUAAAGGUAGUACAACAGAACACAAGGCUGCCCAUAUUAUGUUUAAAACCACAGGGGAAACUUGGUUAAAGCUAUCAUAACCAUCAAAAAAUUCAGACCAGUGGUCGUUUUCUCUCAGUAAUUCCAGUCACCUCACAAUGUGGAUUUUUGUACAUUCGAUAACAUAACAUGCACACGUCCAGACUUCCAUCUCUUUCACCAUUCUUACUGUAAUUUUUCCAGUUUGUAGGACACAGAUGGGCUGACUGGUUCUCCUGUAUGUGGCUGGUGAAAGUUUUCUGUUUAUUCAUUAUCCGGACCUGUCUAAAGCAUUUUUCCCUCACUGUUGAGUUGAUCUAAAUGAGUUCACAUGUUCGUUAUCAGUACCUCAGCUGGUUUUAUUUUGUAAGUCAAGCACUACUUAAGGCUCCUGGAGGACAAACUCGUCCAGAAAGCUCAGCAAUAUAUACAGUGUAUCUUUAUAUAAAAGCACUACUCAUUACCCCUCUUAUUUUGUGAUUUUAUUUUUCUUGACGGAUCAUUUUUGCGCUUUGUUUAUUACUUAUAAAUAUAUGCAUUAUGGUUAUUCAUUUCUUUACAUGUAUAUAAACGUGUGUAAGUAUCUCCACUUAUUCUGCGCUUUGGUAGUCCCAUUUGAAUCAGCUCAACACCGGGUGGUUGGUUAUGUAAAGCAAAGCCAUUUGUGCAUACAAAUGCAAGUGUUGCAUAUACGUGUGUGAAUGUGUUUUGGACAGGUCCACUAGUAAAUGAAGGUUGGAGUUAAUAAAAAUAGACAUUUUGUAGAAAAGAAUACACAUGAAAAAAGGCUAUUUGAAGCAAUGCUCUCAGUGCGAAGAUCAAAUAAAAUUUAAAAAUAAGAA